AUGGAUAAAGCCAAACUGUUCUUUGAUACUACCCCUGAACAACUUGUGGGAUUAGUCUUCCCAGGUGGUGUCGUGCUAACCCUAACCUUUUCUGACAAAGAAUUUCCACCGGAAGGCUCAGCUCACAACAAACCCCUGUACAUAUCUGUUGAAUGCAAGGAAAAAUGGGUACCAGUGGUGUUGGUUGACACCGGUUCAGCUAUCAAUGUUUGUCCUUCCCGCAUAGCUUAUGCCAUCGGCCUUAGACCAAUAGACUUUGUGCCCAUAGCCCAAGUAAUUCAGGCAUAUGACAAUACGAGUAGAGAGGUUAUGGACACGAUAGUGAUACCGAGGAAAAGGCUGGACCAAGUACUGAAGGAACAAAGCAUGGAAAAUGACUCGGACAACAGCAAGCUUGGAGUAAGGGCAGCAUUGAAAAGGUUUAACUUUACGCAGAGCGAAUACGGUGGCAGUGCUGCCGCCGUAGUCGUUCUGCUGUGUUUACCGCUCGCGGUAGUUAUAAAAGAAGAGUAUAGUAUUUGGAAGAGCAAAAAAGAAGCCCAACUCCAACUCCAACUCCAACCACCAUCCAUUGAUUUGAAAAUCGUAACCGAAAAUCAAAAUACAGAAACAAUUUUGCCACCAUCGGCGACCAGUAAUGGUGGUGAAGAAGUACUAGUACUACCAACAUCACAAAAACAGGCUGAUUCUGAUUCAGUUUCCUGUUGGAGAACCAUAUUCCAGCCACCGAACAGAGGCGAUGACUACACAAUCCUCCAAGCGCUCUUCAGCAUCGACAUGCUGAUCCUCUUCUUCGCCACCAUCUGCGGCGUCGGAGGAACUUUAACAGCCAUCGACAACCUCGGUCAGAUCGGAGCUUCGCUCGGAUACCCAAAACGGAGCAUUAGUACUUUCGUAUCGCUCGUUAGCAUAUGGAAUUACCUCGGCCGAGUAGUCGCCGGGUUCGUCUCAGAAAUCUUUCUAACCAAAUACAAGUUCCCUCGCCCCCUCAUGCUCACCUUCAUCCUCCUCCUCUCUUGCCUCGGUCACCUCCUCAUCGCCUUCAACGUCCCCAGCGGCCUCUACAUUGCAUCAAUCAUAAUCGGAUUCUGUUUCGGAGCUCAAUGGCCAUUGCUGUUCGCAAUCAUAUCAGAAGUAUUUGGACUCAAAUACUACUCCAGAUUAUACAAUUUUGGAUCAGUGGCGAGUCCAAUUGGAUUUUAUAUACUCAAUGUCAGAGUCACCGGACAUUUGUACGAUAAGGAAGCUGAACGACAGGGGGCGAUCAGGAAGGCCGGGCAGGGCUUGAAUUGUGUUGGGGUGGAUUGUUUUAAGCUUUCUUUCAUUAUUAUCACCGCGGUGACAGUGUUAGGAGCGCUUGUUUCGGUGCUUUUGGUAAUCAGGACUAGGAAGUUUUAUAGGAGUGAUAUUUAUAAGAAGUUUAGGGAGGAGGCGGAGAAGGAGAUGGCGGUGGCCGGAAAUGGGGCGGCCGGACCGGUGUCGGAGACGAAAGUGCGGUGAAGAUUGGUGGAUGUG